AUGAAGCGGCUUACCGUAAUAGCCUUAUUACUGUAUUUGGCGCGCGGUCAUGUAAGUUUUAAAAAGUUUUGUUACCUACUCUACUUCACCCUACCCUACCCUACUCUACACUACCCUACCCUACUUCACCCAACCCUACCCUACCCUACCUUGCCCUACCCUUCCCUUCCCUACCUUACCCUACCCUUCAAGCUAUUCUCAUCCUACCUUAUAUUAUCAUGAUCACAAAAAAUGAUAAAUGAUAAGAUUUUGCUCAAUUUUCAGGGCUUAUCCCAACUAGAAUACUGUAAACAAUUCCUAGAAUGUGAGAAUGACAUGAUGGACACACACAAAAGAUGCACAGACGGGUCACGGAACGCUACGGCUGAAGCUUGUGAUCUUGCCACUGAUUUUGAGUACGUUUAUGAAUUUAAAGACAAAACCUUAAUUUCAGUGAACUCUCAAAGCUGAUGCGAGCCAGAGUAAAUGAAUUUGGAGCCUGUGUGUCGGCCGAAAGUUUUAUGCAAAGCCAAAAAUCCGAAGAAAUCGAAAUUGAUGUAAGUUUAACUAUUAGAACGCCUUAAAACAGUGGCAGUAAUGAUAGUUCUUCCUGAGUUAAAAGCUCAAGGAGAAAUACCAUUAAAAAUAAUUUAUGAACCACCCCUUCCACCAAAGUCCUAAAUGAUGACUAUUAGUAUUAUAUUAGGUUGUUCAACUAAUUCUGUGCUCCUAACUCCAAAAAUUUGUUUUAAAAAGAAGCACAGAAUUAUUUGAACAAACUAAUAGUUUUAAAAAAUUUUGUGACAAACCUAAUGUUACUUCGUAUUUUAGGAAAGAGAAUGUGAAUUGAACUCGGAAGAACAAAGCGAAUCACCAACAAGUUGUUGGAAGUCUGUCGCUCAAAUCAAAAGAAGAUGCCAAAAGUAUCAGCGAUGUUGUCCUGCGGCCAAAGUGUAAGUUUAACAUUUGUAAAAUACAAAAUAACAAAAAAAAAUGAAGAUGUAGUACUUAUUUUAAAUAAGAAUAAGAUGGUACUAGUUCUGCUCCUCACAAAAAAGCCAUUUUAAAGCCUUAAAACUAUUGCUUUCAUCUACAUAAAACAAUUGAAAAUCUACAUUAACAUCACCCCAUUUACAGUUGUGUCAAAAGUGGAAGGACAAGUCAAGUAACUCGAGCAGUAAGAGAGAAACAUAUCAUAAUCAACCACAAAACAUUGGAAUGCAGGGCCAGGAUGAGGCAUAUCCUCCGUACACACAACCCCAACGAGUAAGUGAUAGUGAUAAACAGAGUUCCCCCGGGCUCCAAAUCCAUCUCACGAGCCAGCUCCGGGAAGAAUUUGGACUAAAAUAUUGUUUGGCUAGCCAAACUCGAGUCCAACUUCAAAAAUGCCCAAGCCUGGUGAGGAUCCGGAGCUGAAAUUUUCAAAAGAGAAACUCUGGUGAUAACACAGUAGUUUUUGUAAUAAAAAUGUAAACUAUGGUAUAUAUUAAACAGCAAAGUAAAAUUUAACAAUGUUUUUAAUUCUAGUCCGAUGGUAGCAAAAGCCCGUGCCGUCCUAACUUCUCAAGCUAUCAAGUUCGUGGACAAGUUUAGAGCAAAGGAGACGGUAAGUAACCUCAAUUACUCUCAUUGUCUUAAACCUGGUUAUCAGCUAAUAUCAGAAAAUAUAUAAGACUUUGGCUAUUAGUGGCUGGUAUUAAAACUUGUAUAAGACUAGAUAUCUUUGAUUGAGAUUAAAAAUAGCCCAAAAGUUAGACCUAAACUUCGCUGUUAUAUAUAAAAAACAUAAACAAAACAAUCGUAUUUUACCUCAAAACCAUGCCAAAAAAGCCAUACAUCUCACAUACGAAUAAAAACACUGAUAGAACAAACUAAAAAGCACUUAGCUUUCGUAUCUUACUAUAUCUCCAUAAACAAACCUUCAAGAAUCAGCAAACGCCAAAUCAUCACAUUAAAGUACUGUAAAAUCAUAAAUAACACAACUAAUAAACAUACUCAUCUUAUCCUAUAGCCAUAAACAAACACAUACUCAUAGUAUCCUAAAAUACCUUCUUAAUCACCCUAAUAUACCUCUCUAAUCCCCAAACAUUUCAGAGUAUUUCGACGGAAAUGAAGUCAUCGAUGAAUCCCUCGGAGCCCCUAAUACCCAUACAAACGGAACGUCGGCCGAUGCACGAUGAGCGACGCGAGAUCCUCAAGCAGUUGUCGAAGCUAAUCCUGCCCCGAGAUGAUGAACAGAUUAAGGUGCGGGCGAACGAAAGACUAAGCCGUUUCGAAUUGGCAUUAGCCAAGGUGGAGAUGAAGUCCCACAUGAAGAAGACGCCCAUCGUGCACGCUGUCAAAAGCUACAGCCCCAAACAGGUUGAGGAUAGGGUUAAGGUGGAAAGUACUACAAGGUCAGCGAGUUUGGAUACCACGACAGAGCGAGCAACGACGGAAACUCCAAUGACUUCUGAAGCUGAAAUAGUUUCAGAAUCUACAACAACAUCAAGUAAGACAGAAGACUCUAUGCCAAUGACCCCUUCUGAAACCAAUAUCAUGUCUCACCAUAAAGAUUCUGGAAGUAACAACCCAGAAAAUCAUCAAGAAGCCAUGUCAUCUGACAAUAACAUGCCAUCCACAACAUCAACUCCAUUUGACAUUCCAUCACUCCCAGAAACUACCACAGAAGCGCAGAAAGCAUCCAAGAUUCACCGUAAGAAACACAGAAAACACAAACAUAAGAAAUUCAGCACCGGCAUCGUGACAGACCUGGAACCUCAGAAGCCCCACGUAUCGUACGCUCUGCCUGACAGUGUUGACCUACGUAGACUACGCUUACUGUCAGCUCGCCCUCAUCUCAUGAACUCUUUAGGCCGUCGUAUUUUAGCUCCAGAAAAGAGGGUGCCACUUAAGGUGGAGGAUUCUGAAGACUCUGACGAAGUUCUUCAGACUUCAACCAGAGCUACAACAACUAAAGCUGCUACGACGAGACAAGUGGAUUCAGAUCCUGCGAGAAAUUCACAACAGAUGUCAGAUUCAGAGUCAAUGUCAGAAUCAGAAUCUACCAAGCCUUCAUAUACCAUGACAGAUUCAGAAGUCAAGCCACCAGAAAUGAUGCCACCAUCAACCCUGAUAUUACCGUCAGAACCUGCAGAUCAACAUUCCCUGAUGCCACACGACAACCUACACAACGGAGAACAGAACAUCAGAAUCGUAGAAGAUUCAGAAACCCACGAAAAGGCCGUUAUCACUCAUCAAUUCAAGAACCAACAAACUCCAGAAGGCGACAUCAGAAGUGUCCAUGAAGACAGUGUAACUAAGCUGGAAAACCAUCCAAUCACAGGCAACUCUGAUCACGAACAUAAGCUUACUGUACUACAUCAAGACAUCUACACAAGACACGAUCAUCGUAAGAACAACGUGGAUCAGAUGAUGAGAGAGCGUGGAGUAAAGAGAGUGCACAUAGAAGAAGACGAAGAUACAAGAACAUCUUAUAGUACAUCUAGACCGAUUUAUACCACAACUAACCCAACCACACCUACAGAAUCGGAGGAUUCAGAUGCCUUCGAAGACGAACCAAGAUUCACCAAGUAUCCAGCACGACAGCACGGUGCCAAGAUUCAUUUGACAUCGAAAACUGUGACAUUGAAGCCAUUAGAACCAGAAGAUAUGGACAUGAAGCCUGAGAUGAUUCCAGAAAGCCGAGCCAACUUCGUAGCACCAAUGGAACCAGAAAGCGGAAUCUUCACAGUACGACCAAAGACUCGAGCACCAUUCGACCCAGUAAUGGAAUUCUUGAAAAGACUACGUCAUUCUAACAAACACACACUCCCUGACAGACUAAAGCAGGUACGAUACUCAAAACUGGCUACAGUAUCAGCUGAAGCCUCUACUGUACCAACAGUAUCAAGUGACCUAACAGAAAUAGACUUUUCAACAGAAAGGCCAGACAUGAAACAUCCAGUAGUACACUCUGACCGAUCUGAAAUCAAAAUGGUACAAAAUGACCAUUCGAACAUGAAAAUGGUACCAACAAAUCGACCAGACGUGAGAGCGACAACAGGUCGACCAAAGAUGAUCGACGGCUUCGUCGCCUUCGAAAACGACCAAGACCUACUGGUCGGUAGAAGAAAACCCCAGACUGUCACACCAGUCUUACUCCACAAUGAACUAGAUGCACCAGAAGAGCCAACAACAGAAGCUCCAGAAGAUACCACGGUGAUUUCAGAUGGUAACACCAUCAAUGCCAUGAGAACCAUGGCCAUGCUUCCACAAUGGCCAACUACAUUAGUCAUGGAAGGGACAACCCUCCCAACCAUCGUCAAAUCCACUUUCGGCCAUCUGGAUCACAUGCGACGACAGAAGGUGGUGCUACUGAAAGAGAAACCCAUUAUGACAAGUAUGGCCAGACCUUUCAUGGCCAAACCCACCAACAACAAGAUUGUGGACAACGCGGAGCCACAAGGCUACAGAAACAAAGUCUACAGUGCCCAGAAGUUGUUAUUGAGUCAGCCGGAGAAACCAUUGUCUGAGGCCGAAGUUCUUCAGAAGCUACAACGGACGAAGAUGCCUGACAUCAGAAGAGCGCCGAUUGUGAACGAAACCCCAAUCAAGCCAGCUGGGGCUCAUGAACUGUAAGUUUGGCUUUCGUGUACAGAACAGAAGAUAAUUUGAAAAAAAAAAAAAAAUUUUCUCAAAAUUGUGAAAAUAAUGAGACAAGUCUUUCUUUGACAUGAAUUUUUGAGCCAUGUCUUCCAUUUUACAAAAGUCUGCAUUAUGAAGCUCAUGCUAGGCAAAUUUGACCUGUUUUACUCUAAAGAAACUAAAUUUGGACUAUUUAUUAAUACAAAUAUGGUUUUACCUAAACUUUAACAUUAACAACGUUUUUUAGGAAUGGCGACUUCACGCAAGCCCAAUCAGAUCUCGUUCGGAAUCUGGAAGAGUUCGUGAACCGCAAAGUCUACGAGAUGGUGGAGAAAGAUCGUGCUCAACAUACGGAAACUGAAUUACUUCAAUCUCUACGAAUGACCAAAGCCGAAUUUGAAGCGAUGGGAAAGAAGACUGGACAUUGUGAAUUGUAUAGCACUUGUUCUGAUCUCUUGAAGUCGUCUGAACGUGAAUGUAGAGGAGACGAACUCAGAUUCCCUCCAGAAUUGGCUAGAAGAAAGUUUGGGAGUUGUAACGCGAGGUUAUGGACGCAAUAUCAGGUAAAUUCAUGUUAUUUUUUUUAUGUUUUAUUGUUUUUGAAUAUUUUUUUAUCAUGGUUAACAUCGAAAAAUGAGGUUUUGGUGGGAAAAGAAGAAAGUAUAAGGAGAAAUUUGAAUGCAAAACUUUUAUUGAUGUUUUUUUAAAAAUUUAAAAAUUAAUGUUAUUUGUUUCAGGACACUGAUAAGCUGAGAUUGCAAUUGGUAUCGAUCUUUGAAAGCUGUUUGGUCGAAGAUAUUGCUAUUGGAAACGCUCGCACUCCGGUAACCUUUUUUAUUGAUUUUCUAUGUUAUAAAUGUUAACUAUGUGGAUUUUACGUUUAAUAAUAUUUUACCUUUUCAAAUUUCAGGCCGGUUGCGCAGCUGAAUGGCCAAUCUUGCCAGAAUUCCCUCCAGAAUCCACCUGUACUACACGAACAUCGUUGAUUCGGGAUCAUUGCGUUAGAUUAGGCAAAUGUUGUACAUCUUUGAAACGGUGUCGUCAGGUAACCGAUGACAAUCCAUUGUCGCUUCAGCUUCUGAAUGCUCAACAAGACUUGGCCCAUCGCGCGGCCAAGUGCCAAAACAGAGGCGGCGGCUUCAGGGCGUUGAAGCCGAUCGAAAUGCCUGCCAAACGGGUUUUGUUACUGUAA